AUGAGUCAUGAAAUGGAUGAUCGACGCAUCAUUUGCGAUGCAUCCAGAUUUCAAGAGCCAUACUGGCGGCACUCUGUGAUGUCGAAGAAACAAAAACUAAACAGCAGAAGCAGUACAGAAGCAAAACUGAUUGCUGUUGACGAUGUUGUCACAAUGAUGCUAUGGACAAAGGUGUUCAUGGAGUGGCAAGGGUAUCUGAUCAAGAAGAAUUUCUUGUAUCAGGAUAACAAAAGCGCAAUUUUACUGGAAGAGAAUGGUCCCAAGAGCGUGGGCAAAAGAAGCCGAGCUAUCAAUAUUCGUUAUUUCUUUAUCACGGAUCAAGUUGAGAAAGGAAAUGUUAAGAUCAAAUACUGUCCAACUGGCAAUAUGAUUGCGGAUUUCAUGACAAAGCCAUUGCAAGGUGAGAAGUUUUGCAAGUUCAGGGAUUGGAUUCUUGGUCCACAGGAAUAG